GAAGCAGGCUUCCGGCUGUUACUGGAUUCGGCAAUCGCCAAAAUAACUAGGCAAAAUCUGUGGUGGACACGGGCGCCUCAAAGUCUAGACAAAUUCACACAAAAUAUUAGGCAGCUUGACGUGCCUUAAGAAGCAAUGCGCGCUUCCCACCUCUGUCGAGGCGUCGCAUGAUUUCAUUUGUUUCUUGAACAAUCCACGCUGCUUCCACCUUUGACGAACGCGCCACCCCAGGCAGACCAUCAUCUUCUUCUUCCGCCCAUCGCAUCACUCCGUGCGCUCCUUGACCACGGGUGAGCUGCUGUGACUAUGCCCAAGCGGUCGCAAGCCGGCAGUCAGCCGGAUUCACAGAAACGCAAGAGGGUAUACGCGGCCUGCAAUGAGUGCCGCCGUCGGAGAAGAAAAUGUGAUGGCAAUGAGCCAUGCGCGUCGUGCGAUGGCUACGGUUACUCAUGCACCUAUGGCAAUGUGCAGUCCCCAGGCGAAUUAGGCGAUUCUUCUAUAGCAAUCAGGCUUCACAGCAGCACUCCCGCCACGGGCCCCCAAACUGAGGACCCCUCGGGAGACGAGGGUGCGGUGUCGUCUGUCGCGACAAGAGAGCGCGGCGAUGGCGAUGUAGCGACAAAUAGCGCCAUUGCGCUGCCACGCCUAGUCGGGAGAGAUAUGGGCGUCGAGAACCCGCCUCGACUGCAUUCGUUUGCUUGGAAUCUGGGUAUUCGACCAGAACGACGCGGAACUGUGGGUGUCGUUCUAUCAAGCUACCUCACCUACGACGAGUGCCGCAACCUAUCGUCAACCUAUUUUACGGCUGUUCAUCCUAUGUUUCCAUUUCUCUCCAAAGAGUCAUACUUUACCAGGCUGCAGCAGAAAUGGCAAACUCUCGAAGAAGACCCUAGUUUCACAGCCGUGGUGGCUGGUGUAUCAGCCCUGGGUUCAUUCUUUUCGAAAACAUGCCAUCCCAACGAGGAGAGUAUAAAGCAGCAUUGCUUCUCAAUUCUCGACCUUGCGCUUUCUACGCCAAUAUCCCCAGUCGAUAUUGAGUCCAUUGCGGGCUGGAUGCUGCGGGCCAUAUAUGCUAGACUUACGACUCGUCCUGCUGUGGCUUGCCUCUCGAUACACACGGCGAUACACAUGGUCGAUAUCAUAAGCAUGCGCUAUGAAAUAGCGUCGCGGGUCGCCAAUUCGCACUCGAUCGGCAAGAAAUUUGAAGAUGGUGAGGCUGAUGUUCGAAGCAGCUAUUAUAAGUCGGCUCGGUUUCUGGAUACCCUAUUCAGUGCCGAGUAUGGGAUAUUCUCAGUCAAUCAGCCCCGACACCGCUCGAACCGCUGGUCAUCGCUAUCCAAUGUCGAUGGAGAUCAUUUGACAAUCAUGGCCGGCAUUCUCCAUGAAAGCCAGCAAUUAGAUAAGGAUUCACUAUCUUCAAACAUGGAUGAACAAUUCCGGUUGCUAGAAUCGAUAGCCGAUGAGUUUCCUGCUAUUUCUCUCUUCAAAGCUGCGGUAUGCCUUUGCCUACUCAGACAAUAUGUUCCUGCAGGGCGCAAGCCAGGCCAACUGGCAACUAAAGUCUCCAUUGCGAUCCUGACCAACUCGUUCGAGGAUGUGCGAACCUUGAUCACGGCGGGACACCCAUGGUGGAAUUUGCUAAUGGUGCCAUUUCAUUCUGCAUGCAUCUGUCUUGCUUUUGAUAAUGAGCCAUACCUCGGCCUGUUGCCUUUGGCGGUCGAUUUGUUACGGAUGCUGGCAGACACUUAUAGAACGCACAUGGCCAAAGAUGCUUUAAAUACGGUAUUGCAACUUGUAGAGGCUUCGAAGAAUGAUAGCGAUGCCAAGUUGAAAAUCAAAGCGGCGGUCCUAGCCCAGGGUGGUGCUGUUGGGACCGAUAUGGACUGGUUCGCAAUGGAUCCGACCUUUAGUGUGGAUGAUUGGCCGACAGAGUUUGACUUCACAAUGUACUAAUGAAUAAUGAUAGAUUAUUAGGUAUAUCUCUAAUAAUCCACUGAAUGAAUGAUGAUGUAGAUAAACGUAGAUGCAAAGCGAGAAAGAGGCGUUCUCAUAUGAUACCU